UGACGGCGGGCGGCGGGGGAGGGGGAGGGCCGGGCGCGGGGCGGUGUUACCGAGCCGCGGGCUGAGCUCCCCGGGCCGUGUCCGCGGGGGGAUAACGCGGUGCUGCCGCUCCGGGAGCUGCGGGCUUCCCUCAGCAUCUCGCCGCCCUGCCGGCGGGGGGUGGCUGGGCCGGGGACCGAGAAGCUGCUGGUUUGGGGCAGAAAUGCGCGCUGCUUGCGGCUCCUCCGGGAGGAGAGUGUCGGGAAGAGCCGGAGGUUCCGCCGGAGGAUGUAGCCUGAGCAAGCCCUGCUCACCCCAAAAACAAACACAGACCUGGUGCUUCCUGCUCAUUUAAUGGUAUGGACUUUGGCUGCUGAAAGAUUUGUUUGUAAAUGCAUCAUAAACAGACAACCCAGAAUGAAGAAAGCAAGCAGGAGUGUUGGCUCAGUGCCCAAAGUGCCUGGAGUAAAUAAAACUCAAACAACUGAAAAAAACAAACCAGAGAACGGCUCCUCAUUGUCUGCAGUAACAAAACUCUCCAAAACCGGGACAUCAGCAUCCCUUUUGAAGACUAAGAGUAACGAUGACCUCUUAGCAGGGAUGGCUGGUGGCGGUGGAGUGACAAUGGCCAAUGGUGUCAAGGCAAAGAAGAGCACUUGUGUAUCAACAAUGUCUUCAGCUGCAGGGACAGCCAUGAACAGUCUGGAAAAUAAGCCUAAAACAGUUGCAGGUACAAGUUCCACAACUAAGCGUAGCACUUCAUCUGGAAAUAAAGACUCAGGCUCUUCUAGAGAGAGAAUACGUGAUCGUUCCCGUUUAAGCCAGAGUAAAAAAUUACCUUUGACUGGACAGGGGACCAAUGAUACAGUACUGGCAAAACGUUCCCGUAGUCGCACCAAUCCAGAAUUGGAUAUUCGAAUGAGUAAGUCCAAAUCAGACAGUCAAAUCAGUGACAAAGCUGCAUUGGAAGCAAAAGUGAAUGAUCUUCUGACAUUAGCAAAAACUAAAGAUGUGGAAAUCUUGCACCUGAGGAAUGAACUAAGGGACAUGCGUGCCCAGCUGGGACUUAAUGAAGAUCAAGUUGAAGGUGAUGAAAAAUCUGAAGAAAAAGAGGCCAUUGUUGUCCAUCAGCCAACUGAUGUAGAGUCUACGUUGCUACAGUUACAGGAACAAAACACUGCCAUCCGAGAAGAGCUCAACCAGCUGAAGAAUGAGAAUCGAAUGUUAAAAGACAGACUGAAUGCAUUAGGCUUUUCUUUGGAACAAAGGCUGGACAACUCUGAGAAACUCUUUGGCUAUCAGUCUUUGAGUCCUGAGAUUACAGCUGGCAACCACAGCGAUGGUGGUGGCACUCUGACGUCUUCAGUGGAAGGUUCUGCCCCUGGAUCAAUGGAAGACUUGUUGAGUCAGGAUGAAAACACUUUGAUGGACAAUCAACAUAGUAACUCCAUGGAUAAUUUAGACAGUGAGUGCAGUGAAGUUUAUCAGCCACUGACAUCAAGCGAUGAUGCCUUAGAUGCUCCAUCAUCUUCAGAGUCUGAAGGUGUACCAAGCAUAGAAAGAUCUAGGAAAGGAAGCAGUGGCAAUGCGAGUGAAGUGUCCGUAGCUUGUCUGACAGAACGGAUACAUCAGAUGGAAGAGAACCAACACAGUACAGCUGAAGAGCUCCAAGCCACGCUUCAAGAGCUUGCAGAUUUGCAACAAAUAACACAAGAGCUAAACAGUGAGAAUGAAAGACUGGGAGAGGAAAAAGUAAUCCUCAUGGAAUCUUUGUGCCAGCAAAGUGACAAGUUAGAACACUUCAGCCGUCAGAUUGAGUAUUUUCGGUCCCUUUUAGAUGAACACCAUAUUUCAUAUGUAAUUGAUGAAGAUAUGAAAAGCGGUCGCUACAUGGAGUUAGAGCAACGUUACAUGGACCUCGCAGAGAAUGCACGCUUUGAGCGAGAGCAGCUGCUAGGUGUUCAGCAGCACUUGAGCAACACGUUGAAGAUGGCAGAACAAGACAACAAGGAGGCCCAAGAAAUGAUAGGGGCAUUAAAAGAACGAAAUCACCACAUGGAACGGAUUAUUGAGUCAGAGCAGAAAAGCAAAACAGCAAUAGCAUCUACCUUAGAGGAGUACAAAGCCACAGUUGCCAGUGACCAGAUUGAGAUGAACAGGCUGAAAGCUCAGUUAGAGCACGAAAAGCAGAAAGUGGCUGAGCUGUAUUCUAUACACAACUCUGGAGAUAAAUCAGAUAUACAAGAUUUGCUGGAGAGUGUCAGGCUGGAUAAAGAAAAAGCAGAGACAUUGGCCAGCAGCCUGCAAGAAGAGCUGGCACAUACUCGCAAUGAUGCCAACCGGUUGCAAGAUGCCAUUGCUAAGGUUGAAGAUGAAUACAGAGUGUUCCAAGAAGAAGCCAAAAAACAAAUUGAGGAUCUUAAUGUGACUCUAGAAAAACUUCGGACAGAGCUAGAUGAAAAAGAGACUGAGAGAAGUGACAUGAAAGAAACUAUCUUUGAGUUGGAGGAUGAAGUAGAGCAGCAUCGUGCUGUGAAGCUUCAUGACAAUCUCAUCAUAUCUGAUUUAGAGAAUACAGUUAAAAAACUUCAGGACCAAAAGCAUGACAUGGAAAGAGAGAUAAAGAAUCUUCACAGGAGACUCCGGGAGGAGUCAGCAGAAUGGCGUCAGUUCCAAGCCGAUCUACAGACUGCAGUGGUUAUAGCAAAUGAUAUCAAGUCUGAGGCCCAGGAAGAGAUAGGGGACCUAAAGCGUCGAUUACAUGAAGCUCAGGAAAAAAAUGAGAAGCUCACUAAAGAGUUGGAGGAAAUAAAGUCACGCAAGCAGGAAGAGGAACGUGGCCGAGUAUACAAUUACAUGAAUGCCGUAGAGAGAGAUUUGGCAGCUCUGAGACAGGGAAUGGGCCUGAGUCGCAGAUCAUCCACCUCCUCAGAGCCAACUCCUACUGUAAAAACACUCAUCAAGUCAUUCGAUAGUGCCUCCCAAGUUCCAAGCCCUGCUGCUGCCACAAUUCCUCGCACUCCGCUGAGUCCAAGUCCCAUGAAAACGCCCCCAGCUGCUGCUGUAUCCCCUAUGCAGAGGCAUUCCAUAAGUGGACCGAUCUCUACUUCAAAACCCCUUGCUACACUGACAGACAAAAGACCGAGCUACGCUGAAAUCCCUGUUCAAGAACAUUUGUUGAGAACGUCUUCUACCAGCAGACCAGCAUCUUUGCCAAGAGUACCCGCUAUGGAAAGUGCCAAAUCUAUUUCGGUGUCUCGAAGAAGUAGUGAAGAAAUCAAACGGGAUAUCAGUGCACCUGAUGGAGCAUCUCCAGCAUCUCUCAUGGCAAUGGGUACCACCUCCCCACAGCUAUCGCUCUCAUCUUCCCCUACAGCAUCAGUCACCCCUACAACCAGAAGUCGAAUAAGGGAAGAAAGGAAAGAUCCCUUGUCUGCCCUAGCAAGAGAAUAUGGAGGAUCCAAGAGAAAUGCCUUGCUGAAGUGGUGCCAGAAAAAAACAGAAGGCUAUCAGAAUAUCGACAUAACAAACUUCAGCAGCAGCUGGAAUGAUGGCUUAGCUUUCUGUGCCGUCCUCCACACGUACCUCCCAGCUCAUAUUCCCUAUCAAGAGCUAAACAGCCAGGACAAGAGAAGAAAUUUUACUUUGGCUUUUCAGGCAGCUGAAAGUGUUGGUAUCAAAUCUACUCUGGACAUCAAUGAAAUGGUGCGAACUGAACGUCCAGACUGGCAAAAUGUCAUGCUGUAUGUUACAGCAAUUUACAAAUACUUUGAAACCUGAAACCCUAAUAAUUCAAAAGAUUCAUGGGAUAGAACCAACAUUAGCUACCAGAUCGAAAUCUUACUGAAAUGCUAAUCCCCAUUUCACUGAAAACUGGCAACAUUUGAGUCCCCUCAAACUUCAGUGACACUGUUCUGGAUUGCUUCAGAUUGCUUCAGCUACUAAGCUUGGAAACAACUGUUCGAAAGCAAGAACUUGUUGCCACGCUGCUUGGAAUAACCCAAGUUAUUAAGCUAUUCAGAUUAAUUAUGUAGCCUAAAGAGCCUGGACUACUGAUGUACUGCCUUUCCAGCCAGACUUCCUGAAGCUUUCUUUCCUAAGAGAGUGAGGUGAAUAGAUUCUGUAGCAUAUAGGAGACUAAAUGUACAGCUAAUGCUUUGAGAAGGAAAAGGAUAACAUGGCAUCAUAUUACUGAACUUUCUGUAGUGUCCUGAUACCACAGAGUCUGAAUCUUCCACCCACGGCCUAUGGCACCCCAAGACAGUGGAGUUCUAAUGAUGAUUUAGUUAUUGCCUUUACUGCUAUUUUCCCUCCUUCAAAAUGUGCACGAUAUUCUAGGAAAACAAGCUUUUGUUCCAUAACGACAACUUGAGUGGAAGAGUGGUCUUGAUACCUCGAAUAAUUUGGCACAGAAGAACUCUUCAUUCUAAAGCUUCGUUAUAAGCCUACCUCUGUCACAGCGAUGUGGCUUCCAACUUGAUCUUAUGGAUUGUAAAGACUAGCCACGUACAGCUCCUGGUUUUCAGGGUACGCUGUACUUAAACGGAUCUGUCACAACCUCCCUGUGCUUCCAUGAUAACAGAAAUGAAUCAAUAAUCAACCCUUGUAUGGCGUGUUCUUUCCCCUCUUCCUUCUUUGCCUGUAUAGCAUGCACAGCUACCCCAGGCUUUACUUCGCAGCAAUACAAGCAAACAUCAUGGAUAUCUGUGGUAGAAUUUUGGAACUGGGAUAGCAUUUCCUCUGCAGAGAAGAUACUUUCAAUAAGAUGUAAUAAUGAAGUAAUUUGUCUCAAAAUCCAGCUUUGCCAUGUUUCCUGUGUGUUUUUUUCGUUGAUGUCGCACAUCUUUAUCUGACUGACAGAAGGUGAGAUGUUCUCUGACAAGAACUGUGGAGGAACUAAUGAAAUGUGUGAAGACCCAGUAGUCUUGAAUAUUGCGUGGAAAAGACUCACUGUCACAGGAGGGAAUUGAGAAACUUUAGUCUUGAUCAGCUUUUAUUUUCCUAAAAUGUACCUGAAUUCAUGUAACAGCUCUCGGGCAAAAGAGUCCAAGUAAGUGCCUUAGCUAUCAUUGAAUUGAUACAUCCUGGCACUUCAGGGCUUUGUGAAGAAUGUUAAUGGCUCAGAAUGAUUUCAUCUAUCCAUUUGUCAUAAGCUGUUAAAUGUUUGUUGUAACCUUGUUUGUCAAAUUAAGGGAAGGCUUCACUCUGCCAUUGCUUCUGCCUCCUGUUUUUUGGAAUAUUUAGCAGCAGUUAAGCCACAGUUGAACAUGUCUUAUUAAUAUUAAGCAGAAGCCUACUUUAGAAGUGAGUUCUGUAACAACUGCUAUUUAUAAGCACAUGCUCUUUCAACACAGUAACCCUGUUAUUAAGAAAAUUAAUCUGCCAUUCCUGUGGUGCUCUUAUGACUGUUAAGGACAGUUUGAAUGUCAUGGAUGUUAACCCAGUGAAUGCACCCCUGCUUGGUAUCUGUGAAACUUCAUCAUGGUAUAAAAGCACAGAUUUAACUCAGAAUUAUUGCCAAAUCUCAAAAGCUAUCAUUUGAAGAACAUAGCCCACGUGAAAAAUAAUAAUUCAGCAGUUAGCAUUAGAUAAAAUUACUUCUUACAGUGCUUGCACUGACAGGUCUGUAACACAGUAAAAAUGUGCUUGUGAGAAUUAUGAAAAGUUGAUAAAUAACUACUUAAUCCACAAUGAGGGUCGUUGGAGAAGUUUUCAGAGCAGCAGUGUCUCAUACAUCCUUACAGUUCUUUAGACCGAAUGUCCCUAAAAGUAGCUAGAUACCCUCAGAUUAUCAGUUGGUGCACUUGAAGAGCCAACAUUGUCUAAAGACAAUUGUUGCAAGAGAGGCUUCAAAUGAAGAAUCUUCAUUAACAGAUUUUAAUAAAAGUCUGAAAUACAAUUCCCUCUCCCGUACGUUUCUUCUAAUAUUUUUAUUUUACUUCUUCAAAUUAGUCUCAGUAAGAAUAGUCCUAUAAGAAAUACCCACUCUUGCUGUUUCACAUUGCAUGUCUACUAAAUUCCAGUUUGUGCACAUUUGUGCUUAAAAAUCUCUGCUCUUCCCUUGAACAGACAUCCUUGUCUGUGAUUCUUAUUCAUUGCCAUAUAUUUUAAGAAAAUAUUUUUCUAAUGAAAAGGACAACAUUUCUUUCUCUAAAUCCACUAAUGACCAGUUGAAUUUUUAAGCUGAUUUUUUUCUAUCUAAUUGUCAACUUCGUUUACCCAAAAUAUUGUACUAGUCUUUAACCAAAAUAACACUUAAUGGUAUAGCCAUUUGUAGAAGGGGAAAUCGCAUUUUUCAGAUAACCUUCAUUUAAAAGAUGAGCUGCUUGUCUUCAGAGAGAGAGAGAGAGAAGUUAUGAGUAAUUAUAGAAAAGAUCUUAUUUUGAACUUCAUAGCUCUGCAAACUUCUUCUUGGUGUGGUCUGUCUGAUUAAACCUCUAUCUGUAAAGGAAUACUGGGCUCCAUAAGUAGAUUUUUUUUUAUAAAGAUAUAUCUGAGCCUUUACAAAUAAGAUGCCAUACAGCUGUCCAAGUGACCAUAAUGAAGCAAUGAAAGAUAUCAAACAAACAAAAUACCCUGCUGCAUUCUACUACGUGUUUUUUUCUAAAGGUUCAAACAGCAUUUAAUUUUUCAAAUAGGAUAGCUGUAGUCCUUCUGGAUGUGGGUGAUACUGUUCUACUUGGUUCCUACUUACACUUAAUCCUGAAACAGCCUGUUGGUUUUUUACAUACAAAGCGAGGUUUCUGCUGAUUUACUUUCCUCUCUUUUUCAGUCCAGAAAAUAUUUCAGAAUGUACUU